AUGCCAGUCGACCUAUCAUUGUACCUAGUCACAGACUCAACACCAGCUAUCCUCAAGGGUCGUGACUUGUGCACUGUUGUGGAGGAAGCCCUCAAGGGAGGUGUCACCAUCGUGCAAUACCGGGACAAAACCAGCGAUACUGGUGUUCUCAUUGCCACGGCCAGCAAACUUCAUCAAGUCACCCAAAAGUAUGGCGUGCCACUUCUGAUCAACGACCGAGUGGAUAUUGCCCUCGCUGUCGGUGCAGAGGGUGUGCAUCUGGGUCAAGAUGAUAUGGUGUUUGAAGCAGCCAAGAAGCUUUUGCCCAAGGGUUCUAUUAUUGGAAUUAGUACCUCCACGGUGGAAGAGGCUAAGAAGGCUAUUGCCGAUGGAGCUGACUAUUUGGGUAUCGGAGCGAUGUUCGCCACUCCGACCAAGACAAACACCAAGUCAUUCCUCGGUCCGGCAGGAACACAGGCACUCUUGAGUGCGAUCAGCGAUUCAUCAGUUGGAACCGUCUCCAUCGGCGGUAUCAACCACUCCAACGUGCAGCGUGUGCUCUACCAGUCCAAAUCUCCCGCUAAGGGACUGGAUGGAGUCGCCAUCGUCAGUGCAAUCAUCGGUGCCGAGGACCCCAAGGCAUCAGCAGAGAAGUUCUCCAAUCUGAUCAAGAAUACCCCCCUGUUUGCCUUGUCUCCUCAGCCUUCCCGGGAAAAUGAGGUCGAGGCCCUGCUGCAAGACGUGCCAGCUAUCGUGCGCAAGAUGACUGAAGCACACCCGCUGGUGCACAAUAUGAUCAACUUUGUCGUGGCUAACUUUGUCGCCAAUGUUGCUCUCUCAAUUGGUGCAUCGCCUAUCAUGGCUCCUUAUGGUGACGAAGCCAAGGACCUGUGCAAGCUCGACGGUGCCCUGCUAAUUAACAUGGGCACAUUGACCAGCGAGAGUGUCUCGAACUAUCAGAAGGCCGUGCAAGCCUACAAUGAACGUGGCAACCCCGUGAUCUACGACCCGGUCGGCGCCGCUGCUACCGAGAUCCGUCGCAACGCCGUCUCGACCCUGAUGGCUGGUGGAUACUUUGAUCUGGUCAAGGGAAACGAGGGUGAAAUUCGACAGGUUUGGGGAAGUAGUGCGGUGCAGCAACGCGGUGUCGAUAGUGGACCUAGCACGUUGGAUGGUCAACAGAAGGCUAAGCUCGCGCGCGACUUGGCCCGACGAGAGCGUAACGUGGUCCUGUUGACUGGUGCCGUCGACUAUCUCAGCGACGGUGAGCGCGUCAUUGCUGUGGAGAACGGCCACCCAUAUCUUGGCCAAGUCACAGGCACUGGCUGUGCUGUUGGCUCUAUUUCAGGCUGCUUCCUGGCCGCUCAUCGCUCGGACAGGCUCCUCGCCGUCCUAUCGGGUCUCUUGAUGUACGAGAUCGCUUCCGAGAACGCUGCUGCCAAGGAUUACGUCCGCGGUCCGGGGAGCUUUGUGCCUGCUUUCCUGGAUGAGCUGUACGCAAUUCGGAUGGCUGCGGCGAAGGGUGAUGAUGGCUGGUUUGUGGGUCGUGCUAAGGUGCACGAGGUGAAGCUGUAG